AUGACGCACUCUCCUAUGGACGUUGACCCUACUGUUUCGGCUGAAGAGAUCAAAGCCCAAGCCAAUCAAGAAUACAAGACUGGCAACUACAAUGAAGCAGUUAGACUUUACUCAGAGGCUAUUGAGGCAUCGCCCAAAACAGCCACUUACUAUGCCAACCGCGCUGCUGCCUUGACGAUGCUCGGCAAGUACAAAGAAGCCGCUGCUGACUGUCGAUCUGCCACGGACAUUGAUCCAAGCAAUGUCAAGGCGUAUAUGCGUGCAGGCAAAUGUCACAUCAACUUGGGUAACUUGGAAGAGGCAACUCGCCAGUACGAGCAGGCAUACCAGCUGGAUAGCAACAAUGCCCAGGUCCAGCGUGAGUGCCAGAACUUGCAGUCGGUCAAGUCGUACAUUGGGCAGAUGGAGGCGUACAUGAACGGAAACCAGUGGGGUCUUGCCGGAAACAGUCUAGAUCGCGCCAUCACCUUUGUUGAUAAGGACCGUGUGCCUGUCAAGUGGAACAUUUGGCGUGCAGAAUGUGCUUUGGGUCAAAAGAAGUGGUCAGAGGCUAGCCGGAUUGUAAACUACCUGGUCCGAUUGGAUACCCAGAACCCGGAUGUCCUGUAUCUCAGGGCACACGUGUUUUAUGGCCAGGGUGAUAAUGCAAAGGCUAUUGCCCAUUGUAUGGAGGCUCUGCGUUGUGACCCUGACUUUACAAAGGCCCGUAUCCUGGUGAAGAAGGCUCGUGCGCUCGAUGCGCAGAAGGAGAAGGGUAAUGCUGCUUUCAAGGCCAACAAUCUUCAAGAGGCAUAUGAUGCAUACACUGCGGCUUUGGAAAUUGACGACAAGAACGAUGUCUUGAACGCCAAACUGUAUUCCAACCGUGCUGCUGUUUUGCAAAAGUUGAAAAAAUUCCAAGAAGCACUGGAAGACUGUGACAAGGCUUUGAAAUUGGAUCCUGAUUUCACAAAGGUCUACAGCCGUAGGGCCGCAUGUUACAUGGAGUUGGAAGAGUAUGAAGAAGCGGUCAAGGACUACCGUCAUCUGACAGAACUCGAUGCAGGCAAUCGAGAAUACCGAGGCUUAUUGCAAAAGGCUGAACUUGAGCUGAAAAAGUCACAGCGCAAAGAUUACUACAAGAUUCUUGGAUUGACAAAGUCGGCCACCGACUCUGAGAUCAAAAAAGCAUACCGUAAGCUUGCCUUGCAAUACCAUCCUGACAAGAACGCUGGUGAUGUCAAGGCGGAAGCCAAGUUCAAGGAAGUCGGCGAAGCCUAUGAUGUGCUCAGCGACUCUCAAAAGAAGGCGCGCUAUGACUCUGGUGCUGACCUUGAAGGCGGUAUGGGCAUGGGCGGCGACGCAUUCGACGGCGCAGGUGUAGACAUGAGCGAUAUCUUUGCACAGAUGUUUGCUGGACAGUCUGGCAUGGGCGGCAUGGGUGGAGGUAUGCCUAACAUGGGCGGUGCCCGAUUCAGUCAGUCUUCGUUCGGUGGAGGCGGUGGUUUCCCAGGCGGUGGUGGUUUUGGAGGAGGAUUCCCCGGCGGCAGUGGCUCACGACGUUCAGCAAACGGUGGUGGCUAUCACAGCUUCCACUUUGGCUAA